GGAAGGGAUGCCAUAGUGCGUGAAGUUCAAGCUAGUGAAGUCACUAUCCUCGUCGGAGAAACGGGAUCGGGGAAGACGACUCAAAUACCCCAAUACCUUCUAGAAUCUGGAAAGUUUUCUGGACAGAUCGCCAUCACCCAACCCAGACGAGUUGCCGCCACAUCCCUCGCCACACGCGUCUCCGCCGAGCAAGAUUGCUCUCUCGGCUCAACUGUCGGUUAUGCUGUUCGAUUCGACGAGCGCACUACCUCGAAGACACGAAUAAAAUAUCUUACCGAUGGUAUGCUCGUAAGAGAGAUGAUGGGCGACCCCCUGUUGGAGCGAUACAGCGUUGUCGUUGUGGACGAGGCGCACGAGCGUUCGCUUAGGACAGAUUUAGUCCUCGCAAGUCUGAAGAAGAUUCUGAAGCAGAGAAAUGGGACCGUGGAUACGAAGGGGAAGUCCCGGGCGAAGACCGAUCCCUUGAAGGUGGUAGUGAUGUCUGCCACAUUAGACGCGGAGAAAUUCAGCACUUUCUUUACCGGCGCGAAAAUACUUUACGUGAAAGGUCGUCAACAUCCUGUCACAAUAUAUCAUACGUCCACCGGACAGACCGACUACGUAGACGCCGCUCUACGGACUUUCUUCCAAAUCCACGUCGACCAGCCACCAGGCGAUGUCCUCAUAUUCUUACCUGGCCAAGAGGAUAUUGAGAGCCUUGAAGCCUCCAUCACGACUUAUGCCAAACAACUACCCCCAGAUGCUGCCGAAGUUCUUAUAUGCCCACUGUAUGCAUCCCUUCCAAACGCCCAGCAAACCAGAGUAUUUACACCCGCUCCGGCAAACCAUCGUAAAUGCAUUCUUGCCACCAACAUCGCAGAGACCUCCAUCACGAUACCAGGCGUUAAGUACGUCAUUGACACGGGAAAGCAGAAGGAGAAACAACACAUAGCUCGAGAGUAUGGUAGUGGUAAGCCGAAUUUCAUGAUAUUUGUCUCAGGAUUCGAUGCGCUGAUUACCACCAACGUCACCCGGUCCUCCGCCAUGCAACGAGCCGGUCGAGCCGGGCGUGAGGGCAAGGGGUAUUGUUUCCGACUGUACACUCAAGAGGCCUUUGAAGACAUGGAAUACUCUCCUCAGCCUGAGAUACAACGGACGAAUCUCACGUCUGCUAUCUUACAACUCAAAUGUGUGGGUCAGGACCUCGAAAACAUGGAAUUCAUGGACAGACCUCACCCCGAGUCCGUCGGCUCAGCGCUGCGCGCACUCUUGUUGCUCGGAGCUCUCGACGAAAAAAGUCAACUCACAGACUUCGGUCGCUCUAUGGCAUUCUUCCCCCUCGAACCUCAGUAUGCUGCCGUAAUCCUCGCCUCGGUAGAUAACAACUGCACCUCUGAGGUUCUCUCUAUCGUCUCUAUUCUUUCAUCAUCAUCACCACUCUUUCCGGACUCCAGUUCCCAACGCGAAGCUGCAGCCGAUGCUCGCGCAAAAUUUCGACAUCUUUCAGGAGAUCAUCUAUCCAUGCUCAACGUGUGGUCUGCGUACGAAAUAAUCGCAGCGGAAGGCAAAGGCGCUAGGAAAGAGUGGUGCAAGAAGAAUCACGUAAACGACAGAGCGCUGUCAGAGGCUAAGAAUAUCAGGGACCAAUUGGUGCAAGUUUGCGUCCGGACGGGCGUGGAUUGGAAGGCCUCAUGUGGGCAGGAUGACGCGCCGAUUUUGAAGAGCCUCGUGAGAGGGCUCGUACAGAACGUAGCCUUGUUACAGCCGGAUGGCUCGUAUAAACAAUUGAUGGGUCCCAAAACCGUCAAGAUCCACCCUGGGUCCUUCCUUGCCGACAAAAAGGCGUCUGCUGUCCUCUAUGACGAACUGACUUAUACGACUAAUAUCUAUGCGCGCGGGGUGUCUGCCAUACGUAUGUCCUGGGUCAAGGACAUACCUGUCAGGAAGGCAAGACAUGUAGCCGUCCAAUGA